CAUUUAUUUAAUUACCAUCCACAUCAUUUUCCUUUUCUUCUGAACCGACGAACCCAGUUGGGGUGAAUCCUUCCCAUUCAUUUCUUGCUCUGCUACCACAUACAGCCUUACUCUUUUCUCUUUUCUCUUUUCUCUUCUCUCUUCCUUUUUUACUAUUGAGCUGUGUUCCACAAAGGAAGCAGAUUCGACCAUCUUAAAGCAUCAGUGUCCUCCUUCCCCUUUUCUAAAGAAAACAAAAAGAAAGAAAUCAAAGUUAGAAGAAGAGAAAAUAAGAGCAAGAAAAGGGAAGAGAUUGAGCCUCAUUUCCUAAAUCAAAAAUAUCUACAAGCAUCUAUUUUCAACGCGGUGUCCUGUACUCUUUAAUUUUCUAUACUCGAUACUGCAUACCUCAAGAUAGUUCCUUCAUCGCAUCGGCCCUGUACAAAAGAAAUUAUGACGACUGGGUUUUCUUCAUUUGCUCUUGGGGGAGGAUCAACUCAGAAGCAGCGUGUUUCUUAUUUUUAUGAUGAUGAUGUCGGAAAUUACACCUAUGGUUAUGGUCAUCCAAUGAAGCCUCAUCGAGUGCGUAUGUGCCAUAGCUUAGUAACCAACUAUGGACUCUACAAGAAGAUGGAUGUCAUUCGCCCGAAACGAGCGACUGCUAGGCAGAUGACUCGUUUCCAUAACGAUGAGUAUGUUGACUUCCUGUACCGCCUUGCACCUGAGAUGGUUGGUGGUGAAGGGAUGUCAGAGCAAACUAAGCAGCUUUUCAAUCUUGGUGAUGAUUGCCCUGUUUUUGAUGGUUUGUUUGAGUUUUGCUCCAUUUCUGCUGGAGGUUCAAUUGCUGCUGCUAAUAAGCUCCUUCGUGGCGAAUCAGAUAUUUCUAUUAAUUGGGCCGGUGGAUUACAUCAUGCAAAGAAGACGGAGGCGUCAGGGUUUUGCUACAUCAACGACAUUGUACUGGCUAUCUUGGAACUGCUACGUUAUCAUCAGCGUGUUCUAUACAUUGACAUUGAUAUUCACCAUGGCGAUGGAGUUGAAGAAGCUUUCUACACUACAGACCGUGUCAUGACUGCUUCAUUUCACAUGACAGAAUUCUUCCCUGGAACCGGAAAGCUUGAAGAAACCGGAAUUGGCAAAGGCAAAAACUAUGCAGUCAAUGUACCUCUGCAAAAAGGAAUGGAUGAUUGGUCGUAUCAGAAUCUAUUUGAGCCUAUCAUCAAACAUAUCAUGGAGUGGUAUCGUCCAGGAGCAGUAGUUUUGCAGUGUGGAGCAGAUUCCUUGGCUGGUGAUAAGCUCGGAUGCUUCAAUCUUUCGAUGAAAGGGCACGCCAACUGCGUGGCAUAUGUCAAAUCUUUUGGCGUGCCAAUGAUUGUCGUUGGUGGUGGAGGAUACACCAUCCGUAAUGUAGCCAGAGCAUGGACCUUUGAAACUGCUGUGCUUUUAAAUGAGCAGCUGCCUGAAGAGCUUCCUUUUAAUGCAUACUUUGAGUACUAUGGACCCGAGUACCGUUUGGAUGUCCCUGCCAGCAAUAUGAAGAAUGACAAUACUCCAGAAGAUCUGCAUAAUCUCAAGGCUCAAAUCAUUGAAAAUCUCCGACAUAUUCCAUGUGCGCCAUCUGUUCAGAUGCAAGAAGUACCAAGAGACUAUACGUCAUCGGAUGACGAAGAUGAAGACGACGAUUUUGAUGUGAGAAUUCCACGUCGAUUGGCCGAUUCUAGAAUUGUACCGGACGAGGAACUUUCCGAUUCUGAAGACGAAGAUGGGCGUCGCAAUCAUCACGACGCUAGCGGAUCAUCAUUAAUCAUGGGCUCACCAGCCCUUCUGCCCCCAUCAAUGGAGGCAGCUCUGGCACUAUCUCAAGUCACAACCGUAAGAUUGUUUCAACAACACCAUCCGAUGUAG